AUGUAUCCCCCAUUUACUAACAGAUGGAAUUUCGAAACAGAUUCUCGAGUUCAAAGAAAUCCUCGAGUUUCCAACCCUCGAGCUUCUAUGCCUCCACCUGUCGGGGACGCAGCUCAGACGCCGGAACCAAGGAGCUCUAGCGGAAUUGCGAGUGUGUUUAAAAGCUUGACUGGCGGUAAAAUUACCAAAAGUCCAAGUACGCAAUCUCCAGCAACAGGUCCUUUGCAGCUUGAUCAUGGAAGCAUUCCGCAAAAUCUUAGCCAUGGUGGUAUACUCAACCAUGAGCCAACUCUUGAACAGCUACAAGCAGGGCAUAGUCUUGCAGAUCGCAUUCGCGCAGCAGAACAUUUACGCCGUGCUGUGAUUGAUUUCCCCUUGGAAAAUGUUUCUAUGAUAUUCAUUGCAGCCAAAGAUUUAAUCGAACCAACUCAGCCACAGCAAGCGCGAAUUGCGGGGUUCGAAUUGUUGACUGCUUGUGUUCAAUGUACAUCCUCGAAUGAUCCUGAAAGAGCAAGCUUUUUUCAAAUAUUAAGUCACCCUGCAAACAGAGAAGAUUUUAACCUGCAGCUUGUAUCGUUGAUCGAACUAUCACGACACGGCAAAGAUCUCUCGGGUUUCCAUUAUAAAUUACUCCCUCUAUUAACCACAUGGCUGAAGGAUACUUGGUCUGCAGCCACAGCAGAACGAAUCUCACGCAAGAAGGCUAUCCGUCAGAGCUCUCUGCCAAAAGAGCAACCGCUUUUAGAUGAGGAAUCUAAUCUAGCCCUUUUAUUUGUCUUCAUUGCGGAUAUUAUCAAAUUCAGCUCUAACAUUGUCACCGAUUCAGCAUCGUCUGACCUUCUUUCUCAGAUUCUUGAGAUUUGUACAUCAUCUGCUACAGAGGCGGAUCUCAAAGCAUGUAAUCAAUUGUUUGAUGCUGUCAUAACAUAUGGAGAUAUUCCAGAUAGCAAGCUUCAGCCAGUUGUGAAGGUGCUAUGCUCUAUACAUAGCUCCCUUUGGAAUGUGCACCAAGACGCCUGGAAAUGUAUUAGCAACUUAUGCAAAUCCCAUCACGGACUCACAAUGGUCAGAAUACUGAUGGAAGUUGUUGGAAAGCCUCUGUUAGACAAGUCCGAUGAUAAGCAAUAUAGCCAGAAUGUUAAAGAGGUCAGGGGUGCCAUAUCGGCAUUGGAGAAACUACUUGCAAAGGACGCAAAGAAUGGUUACCCCUUGGUCCCAUUCACUCUUCUCAUGGCAUCUCUGCGAAAGGUUCUUGAGCUCGACCGCACCUCAGUUGAUUGCGAUAUUUUGCAGCUGAUUUAUUCGCUUUUCACUCAUGAAGGUGGGAUUAUGCAGAAUGUGCUUGACGAAGACUGGUCACCAAUGUUUGAGAUUGUGUACAGCUGCUCUACGCGUAUUCCAGACCCAGUGACGAAUCGGUCUCAGAUAUACAAUACUAUCAAUGGAAAUCCGCCCUCAAAAGACGAAACUUCGGAGCAAAAAUUUAUAACAAAAAUGGGGGAACUAAUUGGUGGUCUAAUUGUGCGCGUCGAGCAAUUACUAAAUUCACCUCCACUCAAUUUCGUUCAGAAAGACGACUGCCUCAAAUUUUUCGUCAGAUCUCAUACCUAUCUUCCAGACAGUUGCGCAAGAUUGGUUAUUGAUCAUUACAUAGACUACAAAUGUUGCUCGCCAUCGGAUUUACGAUGGAAAGAGAACAUUGACCUAAUUCUUAAAGGCUUCCUUGCUGAUCGGUCCCGCCCACCCGAUAUUCGACUACACGCUCUGAAAGCGGUAACAGAUGUAUAUGUUAUCGUCAGCGUUACUGAUCAACCGGAGAUUUUCGAGGCAUUUGCGGUGACAGUCUUGGGAUAUGUUCGAGAUGAAAAGGAUAUUGCAAUACUGCAGGAAUUCAUUGAUUUCGCUGUAGUGAUGGCCGAACAAACUUUGGACGACAGCUUAUUCCAACAUGCUGUAGAUAUCAUGAGAAGUGUGGUCACCAGUGACCGAAUGCAAUCACCUCUUGGAUCGCCUCCAGGGACUCGUCAUGGCAUCUUGCCGAGCAAGUCUUCAUCUUCUUAUGCCGCACCCCCCAUUGUGCACAGCCCUUCCAAUAUCGUUGUGAGAGGUUUUAUUCAAAUAUUCAUGCGAACCAUGUUUACGGAUGUCUCUAAGUCAUUACGGGUGUUUGAAGAAUUACUUGCCAUCGCACAAGCUUCUGACUGCCCAACAGACUCUCGUAUAUCUGCUCUAAAAAUGUUCUUUCGGCUUCGAGCAGACGCGAUGAAUAGAAUUUUCCUUACGCCCUUCACAGAGUCAGAUACUUUAGCCGCUUCUCUUUAUCGAACUGCUGAAUCUCUAGCUAAGAAGCAUGCUGCAGAUGAAGCCGCUCAGCAAAGUCGAUUAGCUCGAGCAGAUGAAUCUAAUUCUCGCCUAUCUCGAAGUACGUCAGGUGGUCAAGCACAGUCUCUUCCCAAACAGAGUUUCAGAUUAGGCAGUGGCAUGAAUCGAACUUUACAGCGUAACCAUCAGAUGUGGAUGUCACCAGAUGCCGACGCCUUGCCAGACACUACAAAUGGCAAUGCUACUAUUCGCCUAGUUUCAAUAAUUGAAGAUGUGGAUCAGAAAUUCAUUGCACAAAAUUUGGAUGCUGCAGGAUUGAUUUUUGAUCAAGAGAACUCACAACACUCUGCGGCUCGAGAUACCAUCGUCGAAGUAGAUCCAGUACAGGAAAACACACCGGAUUCCGCGGUAGAUGCUCCCGACGAUCUCUCACGUACCUCUAUCGAGUCCGCCCGUCCGGAUUUGACUGAUAUUGAAGAGAAAGGGCCUGACCACAGCGAUAACUUGAACCCUUACCAGCCACUCGUGCAGACUGUCUUGAACAUUGACUCUUAUCUCGAUGUUCUUUGUCAGCUCCUUGAUAGCGGGUGUGACUGGGAAGUUUACAGCUAUAUUCUUGUUCACCUGCCAUCUCAGUUGACCAACCAAGCACUUUUCAAGUCAUCAAUUCCCCAGAUAAAGAAGCUUAGAUCUUUGCUGUGCGAUUUGAUCAGAGAUAGUAGCUUUCAAGAGCCCCCAGUAUCAUCUGGAUUGCGCAAAGCUGACGUGGCCAUUUGUCUCUUUCACGUCUUGACAAUGGUCACAAGUUACAACCGAGAGUUUUCCAAAGCUGAGGAAGACGAAAUUGUUAGGACCUUCCUACAAGGCGUAGGCGCGUGGGAGCGGGCUGCCAAAUGCUGCAUCCAUGCUCUUUCAAUUUGCUGCCAUGAACUUCCUGGAUCGACGAGAAAAGCUCUUGUCACCAUUCUUCAAAAGAUGUCGCAAAUUAUUACUCAACAACAUGUCGCAAUUCACAUUCUAGAAUUUUUGGCUUGUUUGUCAAGACUCCCUGAACUGUAUGCCAACUUUCGAGAAGAGGAAUACCGAACUGUUUUCGCUGUAUGUUUCCGAUAUCUUCAAAAUGUACGAGAUCAGCCGAGCAAGGAUAGCAGUUCCAAAAACAACUUCCCCCGAGCUCGAGUUGCUUCGGGACCACUUUCAUCAGAGAGUCAUUUGGUAGAUUCAAGCGUGCAAGCAAGCAGCUCGGAUGAUCUACCACAGUAUGUAUAUGCUCUUGCAUAUCAUGUUAUCAUUUUCUGGUUUCUGUCUUUGAAACUCACUGAUCGCGCUGGUCAAGUUGGUUGGAUUGCUAAGAACCUCGUUUCGACUGAUGCGAACGGAAAGGAGAAGAUUGAUGAGCAAGCACAAGUAACCUUGGACUAUAUGCAAAGAGUUGCAUAUGCUGAUGUGGACGAAUCUUCUGCCGAUCCAGACUUUAUCCCAGAACUGUAUGGUGAAAUACUGAAAAAGCGCUGGAUCAUUGGCCAUAGUGUUGUAACCAUUGAACAGGCUACCCACAAAGGCUGGGCCCAAAUCACUAAGCGCCACCCAUCAGGUACUUCUUGUUAUAUGGUUCGCGAAAAGUUUAACCCGCCGCCUCCUCAUCAGAUCUCUCUCUCUACCGAUGCUUUACGCGACGCAAAACACUCUAAUGCCAAUGUUGUUCUCCCCAGCCACCUCCUCCUGCAACUGACCGCCUCAAUCCCCCAAGGUACUGAGUUCACACGCCCAAUCUCUCUUCCCGAUGACGACAUGACUAGGCGUGCUGUAAAGGCUCUGGAUCGCAAUCUUACCGUGGAUGGGCACAAAGUUGGUGUCAUUUAUAUCGGUGACAAGCAGACACAGGAAGUCGAGAUACUUGCUAAUAUCACAGGCAGCGAUGAAUACUAUACAUUUCUUGCAGGGCUUGCGACAGUGACCGAACUCAAGGGGGCCAAGUUCAAUACUCAAGGUCUUGAUACAAUGUACGGUACGGAUGGAGAGAAGGUAUUCUGUUGGAGAGAUCGGGUUUCUGAAAUAGUUUUUCACGUGACAACACAGAUGCCGACAAAUCUCGAGAUGGAUCCACAGUGCGCCCAAAAGAAGAAACAUAUUGGUAAUGAUUAUGUGAAUAUCAUUUUCAACAACUCCGGCUUGCCGUUCAAAUAUGACACAUUUCCAUCUGCUUUCAAUUAUGUCAACAUUGUUAUCGCUCCAGAAUCCCGUCUCUCCUUUACCGCUGCUAGAGAUCCACGACAAGGACAAUUGCGAAAAGACCCAUACUACAAAGUUCAGGUCAUGAGCAAACCUGGAUUCCCGGAGAUCUCUCCUGCUGCUGAGAUGAAAAUUGUCAGUCUGAGGAAUUUGCCGGAGUUUAUUCGCUUGCUAGCAAUGAAUGCUUCAGUCUUUUCCUCGGUCUGGGCAAAUCGUGAGGGCGGAGAACACGUUUCACCAUGGCGCAAUCGUCUACGUGAGAUCAAUCGGCUCAGGGCAAAGCAUGCACCGAAGCGAUCUGAUUCUACUCAUACUUCCCCACCAGGUACAUCCACUGGUGCAGUUUCUGAGGCUAAGGCCCGCGAGAGUAUGACUAGUAUUCGCCGGGCUUCUGUUGCCAACUUCAGUUUUCUAUCUAGUUCAGUUGACGCUAGUUCUCAAAAAUCAUCGGUUUUGUCUACGGCAGAACCGGAUAAGGACACAAUCGGGGAUGAGCCAAUGGUUGAUAGUCUAGACUUCUCAAGAUGGGCGUAA